AUGGAAGGGGAAAAUAUGAGCUUCCCAAAUACAUUUGUCUUGUUGGGCUUCUCAGAUCAUCCAUGGCUGGAGAUGCCACUCUUUGGAGUAGUCCUAGUCUCCUACAUCCUGACUCUGAUGGGAAACAGCUCCAUCAUCCUUCUCACCCUCAUGGAUCCCAGACUUCAAACUCCUAUGUACUUCUUCCUAGAUAAUCUCUCUAUGCUGGACCUCUGUGUCACCACCACCAUAGAGCCCCAGUUGCUGGUUAACCUCUGGGGACCAGAAAAAAAUAUUGCUUACUGGAGCUGCAUCACACAAGCCUACCUCUUCCAUUGGACAGGAUGCACUGAAUGUGCCUUACUGGCAAUGAUGGCCUUUGAUCGUUAUGUGGCUAUCUGCCGGCCACUCCAGUACACACUUAUCAUGCGUUCUCAGGUGUGUGUACUGCUGGCAGUCACAGCCUGGUCCAGUGGCUUAGCCAAUUCUCUACUCCAAGCCACCCUCACCCUCCAACUUCAACGUUGUGGUCAUCACACCCUAGACCAUUUCUUCUGUGAGGUGCCUCUUCUGAUCAAGCUAGCCUGUGAAGACACCACUGCUAAUGACCUGUCCUUAGCUGUGGGAGCCAUCCCCUUUGUACUGGUGGCUCCAUUUCUUGUGCUGGUCUCCUAUACCUUCAUUGCCAAGGCUGUGCUGAAGUUACCUUCAGCUAAAGGAAGAUACAAGGCCUUCAGUACCUGCAGUUCCCACAUGGUUGUUGUCAUCAUGUACUAUGGGCCAGCCAUGUACAUGUACCUUCAGCCCCCAGCCAACAGCACCCAGGCCAAAUUCAUGUCCUUCUUCUACUGUGUUAUCACCCCACUGCUCAACCCACUCAUCUACACCUUAAGAAAUAAAGAUGUGAAGAGGGCAUUGAAGAGGAUCCUACAAUCCCAGGGAGGGUAA